CUCCUUCUGCUAACCCACCUUGUAACCAGGCUUUUGAAAUGCAAGGAUAUUGUUAUUACUCAUUACAUUACGAUGAUACGCGAUAAAAUUGCAAGCAAUUAAAAUAUAAUUAUUGGAAAUGUAUAUAAGUAUUUCAGUAGGCAGCUUCAUAUCGCUGAUAGUUGGCAUCCUGGUUGCAAUAUAUCUGUACAGGCUUCUGGAGAAGGAUGUUCCGCAAAAAGUGAACAGAAAGCCACAGAAUCCAGAGUAUCCCUUGCCGGCCUCCCAUUCACCGUUGCAUGAAUUCGCGCGGGCUGGCAUCUGCACCGACAACGAUGUCUGUGGUCUUAUGGCCAGGAAGGCCCUUGAAGAUGGCGGUAGCGUUGUGGAUGCCGCUCUCUCUGCUUUACUCUGCAAUGGUCUCAUCGGAAUGCAGAGCAUGGGUCUCGGCGGUGGCAUGUUGAUGAAAAUUUAUAUACACGAAGAGCGAAAAUCCUACAGCAUUUCUGCCCGCGAAAUAUCACCUAUGUCCCUGCGGGCCGAGAACUUUUCCAUCUUCCGUGACGAGCAGGAGUUCAAGCAGUCCAGCUGGUCCAUCGCGGUGCCCACUGAACUAGCUGGCUAUGCUCUGGCCCAUCAGCGAUUUGGCCGGCUGCCAUGGUCGGAGCUGGUGAAGCCAACGCUUGCAUUGUGCCACACGGGCUAUCGCCUGUAUAAGCAUCAAUAUGAUGCCCUUGCCCUGAACAGAGAUAUGAUCAAAGCUGAUCGUUUGCUGCGGCAAAUGUUCAUCGAUCCCAAAACAGAGAACUUCUGGCCCAUUGGCCAUUUCAUUCAGCCUCCUGCCCAACUGUGCAGCACCUAUGAGCGGCUGGCCAUGGAGGGACCGCACAGCUUCUACAACGGAUCUCUGGCCGAGGACCUGUUGGCCGACUUGAGGGACAUGGGCAGUGUCAUAGGCAAGGAGGACCUAAGCCGCGCCGAUGCUAAAAUUAGCGAGUCCCUGGUGAUUCCCCUCGACGAAUACGAUCUGCAUUUGACGCCUUUGCCAGGCAGCGGCCAUGUUCUGGGCUUUAUAAUGAGCAUUUUGCGACACUUUCGUAGGGACUUUGCACGCACCAGCGAUAUGGGGCCCCUGGAGGUACAUCGAAUGAUUGAGGCCAUGAAAUUUGGCUUUGUCAAGCGCUGGCAGCUCGACGAAGCGGCCGAUGAGCAGCUACUGAAAAGCAUGACCAGCACCAAGGUGUCCGCCUCCAUGGCCGAAGAAAUCGAUGACUCAAUGACGUUCAAUAGCCCCCGGUCGUACGGGGCCCCCGCGGAGAUACGUGUGCGAGAGGAGCACGGUACGGCCCACACAUCGGUGCUGCACGAAAACGAUGCCGUUUCAGUCACCAGCACCAUCAAUUUCUACUUCGGCAGCGGACGCACAGGAAAGCGUACAGGUGUGCUCUUCAACAAUGCCAUGUCGGACUUCUCCAUCAAGCAUCUGAGGAACUACUUUGACUUACCCUUUGUCCCAGGCAAGAACAGGGUGGCACCCACUACCCGGCCCAUGUCCUCGAUGAGCCCUCUCAUCGUCACUGAGCGCACGACGGGCAAGGUUCGGCUGGUUGUUGGUGCCGCUGGUGGCACCAAAAUCAUAUCCUCCCUCGUUCCGCUGCUGGUGCGGAUUCUUUGGCAGCAGGCGAACAUCAAAUAUGCCAUCGACGCCAGUCGCAUUCACCAUCAGAUGCUGCCCAAUGUCCUGCUCUAUGAGUAUGGCCUGCUGGAUAGCCAUGUGAAGAGCCUGGAGACCAGGGGACAUGUUUGUGAACGCUAUCUGAACCGCGGCUCUGUGAUAUGCGGCAUAACCCAAAAGAAUGGUACCAUUCUGGUGAAUUCUGACUUUCGUAAACCCGGCGGAGUUACUGGAUUCUAAAACGGGUGUUCCGCCGCGUUUCUACACUCUACACUACAUGUAGAACAUGUAGAGACGGCACAUCUACAUACUACAUAGAACAUGUAAGUGUACCUGUAAAAUACACAUUUUUACGUAGAACUUUAUUUAUGUACCAUAAAUAUAAGCACCAGAACACACACUCCUUAUUGGCUGAUGAUAUCUAUGUAAGACACUGAAAAAAUCACGAUACAAAUAUUAAAGUUGUAUUCUUUUAGACCCCAUUUGUGGUGAUAUGAUCUUUGGGUUAUCUAAGCCGAAAAAACCUGCAGCAAAAAAAAAGUAGCUCAAACCAAAAAUCAGUUUGAAGCGGGGUCUUGCCCAAGUGGCGAAGACAACUUAACUAAAAUGUUGUUUUAUAUAUAAAUGUAUGUACAUAUAUAUAUUUUUUAGUAGCUCUUUUUUAUUUUAUUUUGCUUUUGUUUUUUUUUAUUUUCUUUGUAUUUCUGCUUCUGUGCGCUUCUCUUCUGUUGGCCCUCGGGUUGCAAGACCAUUGGAUUGCUUUUUGUUCAGCAGUUAAUUCAGUUAUUUCAUUAGUAAAAAUGUUAAAUAAUAUUUGCCAACUGAAGCAUUACAAACGUUAGUUCAAAUACCCAUAACCUGACACACAGUUUCAUGGGAAGAAGACGACAAAACUGUGCAACGGACGAAUGCAUUUUUUAGUUUUUUUUUGCGAAAUGGCAAAUCGACUUCAGAUUACCCGCAUAUACACAUGUGUACUUACAUAUGUAUGUAUUUAUUGCAAAAUUAUAAUGAAUGGCCUGGCUUGAGUAGUUAUUCAGAAAGACAGAAAGAACCAACGAGCGAGACGCCUAGCGAUCCGAUACCAUUCCAUUACCAUCUUGGAAAAACCACCCACGGUUCUCAUGGGGUCGCUGAUCUGAUCGGAUACGAUCCGAUCCAAUCCAAUCCGACUGCUUCUGCUUCCCACAUCACAUGGCGAAAAACUUUCAUUUGAGUCGCAUAAUCAAACGCUCAUCUGGCUUCCCUCUUCCGGUCGGUCGGUCGGUCGGUCGGUCGGUCGGUCGGUCGGUCGGUCGGUGACAGAGCCACCUGAGCCCUCCACAGCCAUCGCUGCCAUCUCUGGCAUCUUUGCCAUCUCUGCCACCGGGGAUGUGGCUGAUCUUCAUGGGGGUUUGGUUUUCGUAAUGCAGCAGACGACCCCGACCAUUGCCGAAAUCUCUGGCGUUGCGAAUGGCUCUCCGACCAUUACGGUAUCUCUUGCCUCUUUCAGUCCACUCCAAUCGUUCGGUGGUCAGUGAUCCGCUGGACCGCUGGUCAGUGGAAUUAGGACAAGUAUGGGAAUAUAAUCAGAAAGUCUCGAGUCUCAAGUCUCAGGCCAUCGGUGCUAGUACUUGUACUGCCACUAUUUGCCACAGUUGGCGGCUUAGGUUUCUGCCUGCCAAUUAAUAGAAUUAAACAGAACACAGAGCACAGCUCAGAGCGCAGAGCUCUUACUGUACUCCAGUUUUAGUACGGGUUUUUGUCGUCUUAUUUUUCAUCGUGGAAUUGUGUAGUACUCAGGUUCGGGUCGUCUACUCUGUUGUCUCUGUUGUGACCGAACUAGCCAGCAAAAUUACAACCAGACCAACAACACAAAACGAAAGAAACAAACAACAACAAAGCCAGGCCAUUUUACGUCAACAGUGUGCACUGCGAGGUUUCACCAAAAAGUUAUACCACAACAAAAAAAAAAAAA